AUAGAGAAAAUGGCUAAGCAAAAUAAUUCUUCAGUGACUGAAUUUAUUCUUAUUGGAUUAACGGACCAACAUGAACUCCAGCUGCCCUUGUUCAUCCUGUUCUUAGUUAACUACAUAGCAACAAUGGUGGGAAACUUGAUGUUAAUGAUUCUCAUUUGUCUGAAUUCACAUCUUCACACUCCUAUGUACUUUUUUCUCUUCAAUCUGUCCUUCAUUGAUUUCUGUUAUUCACUUGUCUUUUCUCCCAAAAUGCUGAUGAGCUUUGUUUCAGAGAACAUUAUCUCCUCUGUAGGAUGCAUAACUCAGAUCUUUUUCUUCUGCUUUUUUGUCAAUUCCGAGUGUUAUGUACUGACAGCUAUGGCCUAUGAUCGCUAUGUGGCAAUCUGCCGGCCCCUGCUGUACACCAUCAUUAUGUCCCCUCUGACCUGCUCCCUGUUGAUGCUUGGUUCAUAUUUCAUGGGGCUUGUUGGUGGCAUGGUCCACACAUGGUGUGUAAUGAGGCUCAGUUUUUGUGAGUCCAACAUCAUCAACCACUACAUGUGUGAUUUAUUUGCUCUUGCUCCCCUCUCCUGCAGCAGUACCUAUGUCAGUGAGCUUGUGAGUUCAGUUUCUGUGACUGUAGUUGUAAUUGCAUCUAGCCUUUUUAUCUUAGCCUCCUAUGCUUUAAUUAUUUUUAAUAUUAUUAACUUGUCAUCAUCUAAGGGUUGGUCCAAAGCCAUGCGCACCUGCAGUUCUCACAUCAUAACUGUUGCCCUCUUCUAUGGAUUUGGUAUUCUCAGUCAUAUCAAACCAUCAUCUACUGAGUCUGUGGGACAGGUGAAAUUUUUCUCUGUAUUUUACACUUUUGUGUUGCCAUUUCUAAACCCCCUUAUUUAUAGUCUCAGGAACAAGGAUGUCAGACUUGCUCUGAAGAGAACACUGAAGAGAUUCACAAUGUGA